UCAUUCAUCGCGCGUUCAUGUGCCAGUCUUGGAUAAAGAGGGAGGCACGCGGAUUUCGGAGGAUAACCGGAAACAGCAGGUUGUUGUUGAAACAUCUCUCAUAACUACUAAAGAAAACACAAAAUGGCUCUGACUCAAGAAACGAUCUUAACCUUUUUACUGGAGCACGGAGGAAAAGUGAAAAACUCGGAGCUUGUGAAUAAGUUCAAAGGACUUAUAAACUCCAGCGACCCCGCGGAGAAGAAACGAAACAGAGACCUUUUCAAACGACUGGUCAACAACGUCGCAGUGGUCAAACAAGUCGAUGACGUAAAGUACGUGGCUGUGAAGAAAAAGUACCAACUGGAUAACGACUUAAAAUCGCCAUGCAGUAGUAGUAAACCAGAGAAUGUGGAUAUUAUUAAUAACAAUUAUUGUCAUUGCUCCACCCAAACUGUGAGUAACAGCAGUACAAGUGACUAUAUGACAGCAAGAGUGCUCAGUGUGACAAGUGAUGCCAGGAGUGGCUCUGUUUUCGCUCUUGUGGCCAUAAAAUCUCCACAAUGCGAGUUGCAAAAUGAUCAAAUGCGCUUCAAAACACUAACAGCAGAUGCAGAACCAGUCAAAACAACAGCAUAUCAGAGCUGUAUAUCGGGAGAAGCUUUUCCAUACAGAGCCAAACGAAAGGAUCUAGAGGCGCAGGGUUCGCCGCAACUGCGAAAGUUCAGCAAAAUCACCAAAUGUGAUGUAAUUCCGUUGGGAUCUGUGGAACAUGAGUGGCUUGUGAAAUCCACGACAGGAAGCUGGCGUCAGAUCUCCAGCCUCCUGCUGCAAGACCCUCAUCUGGCAGAGAAGAGGAAUUUCAUGUCUGGAUUCACAAUUCUGCAUUGGGCCGCUAAAAGCGGAAACGGUGAAAUGGUGUGUAAAGUCAUUGACGUUUCAAGACAGAGCGGUGCAGGGAUCGAUGUUAAUGCCAAGUCUUACGAAGGAUACACACCUCUCCACAUCGCCGCCAUUCACAGCCGUGAACGUGUGUGUUCACUGCUGGUGUGUGAAUACGGUGCCAGCACUAACAUACGGGAUAACAGCGGUAAAAAAGCCUACCGUUAUCUAAGUCAAGAUGUGUCGACUGAAGUCAGAAAGAUGCUCGGAGACCCUCGCUGUGUGCAGCAGGAUGCUGGGAAUUAUUUGAAGGAUGACCAGAACCUCCGGAGAGGAUUCAACACUCUGAGUAAACUAUUUCAACCCCACGUCGCUGGACAUAAAAAGAAAUACAGACGUCGGCCAAGCUUCCAUUUCAUUAGAGAGAAAGAGUAUUGCACUUAAUCGAUGAAAGAUAACCUCUGACAAGAAAUAGACUUGACUUUAUUGUAUGUUUAGUUUGUGUACUUAUUAAUUUAAUUGGUAACUGUACAGUGACAGCUGUGCACUUGACUGCUAAUUAUAUUUGUUAAUGAGGUUAGCAAGUAACAAGAAAAUAAUUUACUAUACUAACACAGCUGAAAGGGUGUGUUCAGGUCAUAUUUUACCCCCAAAAUUUACAAAAAAGGCCCUAUCAUACACCCGCGCAAUGCGACAGCAGGCGCGACGCAAGUGUUUUUUGCUAGUUUCAGCCUGACGCAGUUUCAUUUUCACGUCCUGCGUCAUGUUAUUUAAAUAGCAAAUGCACUCGCGCUCAUCUGUUCGCCCAUCGACGUGCUGGUCUGAAAACGAGGUGUGUUCAGGUGCACUGUUGGCGUGUUGCUAUUUUGAGGAACUGAAAACGACUGCGCCAUUGACCAACAAAAACCUCCUCUAAAGUCAAUGGCGCAGUAUUUUUUUUUGUUAUUUGUAAGGAAUAUACGCCUAAAGGCGGAUGCACAACGUGCAUACACUCAAUAUGGAUUUCACUCAUUUUUCAACCCACAAUUGGGUCAAAUAUGGACAAAUAUUAAAUAUUUACCCAUUUUUCAACCCAUAUUUUGGUCAAAUAUGGACAAAUACUAAAUAUUUGCCCAUUUUUCCACCCACAUUUUGGUCAAAUAUGGACAAAUACUAAAUAUUUACCCGUUUUUCAACCCACGUUUGGGUCAAAUAUGGACAAAUAUUAAAUAUUUGCCCAUUUGUCAACCCACAUUUUGGUCAAAUAUGGACAAAUAUUAAAUAUUUGCCCAUUUUUCAACCCACAAUUGGGUCAAAUAUGGACAAAUAUUAAAUAUUUACCCAUUUUUCAACCCACAUUUUGGUCAAAUAUGGACAAAUACUAAAUAUUUACCCGUUUUUCAACCCACAUUUUGGUCAAAUAUGGACAAAUAUUAAAUAUUAGCCCAUUUUUCAACCCACAUUUUGGUCAAAUAUGGACAAAUAAUAAAUAUUAGCCCAUUUUUCAAACCACAUUUUGGUCAAAUAUGGACAAAUAUUAAAUAUUUACCUGUUUUUCAACCCACAUUUUGGUCAAAUAUGGACAAAUACUAAAUAUUAGCCCAUUUUUCAACCCACAUUUUGGUCAAAUAUGGACAAAUAUUAAAUAUUUACCUGUUUUUCAACCCACAUUUUGGUCAAAUAUGGACAAAUACUAAAUAUUAGCCCAUUUUUCAACCCACAUUUUGGUCAAAUAUGGACAAAUACUAAAUAUUAGCCCAUUUUUCAACCCACAUUUUGGUCAAAUAUGGACAAAUACUAAAUAUUAGCCCAUUUUUCAACCCACAUUUUGGUCAAAUAUGGACAAAUACUAAAUAUUAGCCCAUUUUUCAAACCACAUUUUGGUCAAAUAUGGACAAAUACUAAAUAUUAGCCCAUUUUUCAACCCACAUUUUGGUCAAAAUAUGGACAAAUAUUAAAUAUUUACCCGUUUUUCAACCCACAUUUUGGUCAAAUAUGGACAAAUACUAAAUAUUAGCCCAUUUUUCAACCCACAUUUUGGUCAAAUAUGGACAAAUAUUAAAUAUUUACCCGUUUUUCAACCCACAUUUUGGUCAAAUAUGGACAAAUACUAAAUAUUAGCCCAUUUUUCAACCCACAUUUUGGUCAAAUAUGGACAAAUAUUAAAUAUUUACCCGUUUUUCAACCCACAUUUGGGUCAAAUAUGGACAAAUAUUAAAUAUUUACCCGUUUUUCAACCCACAUUUUGGUCAAAUAUGGACAAAUACUAAAUAUUAGCCCAUUUUUCAACCCACAUUUUGGUCAAAUAUUAAAUAUUUGCCCAUUUUUCAACCCACAUUUGGGUCAAAUAUGGACAAAUAUGAAAUAUUUACCUGUUUUUCAACCCACAUUUGGGUAAAAUAUGGACAAAUAUUAAAUAUUUACCCGUUGUUCAACCCACAUUUGGGUCAGAUAUGGACAAAUAUUAAAUAUUUACCCGUUUUUCAACCCACAUUUUGGUCAAAUAUGGACAAAUAUUAAAUAUUUACCCAUUUUUCAACCCAUAUUUGGGUCAUAUAUUUUUUGGACCCAAAUUUGGGUUGAAACAACCCAACAUUUUUUUGUGUAUUGUGAAUCAUUAUUGAAAAUAUUCUGAUUUACAAAAUAAAUAAAACAUAAAAUGUCUUUGUAAUGCAAAUUUGGGGGAAAAUAUGUCAUACAAAUAAUGUCACUGUGUGACUUGCGAGAGAAUUUUCUGGUUUGCCUCAAACAGUAACUCUGUCAUCGUUCAUAUCUGAUUGUUGUGCCGUGCGUGAUGCCUGGAGAAACACUCAUGUCAUUGAGUGAAGGGAGAGAGGCCUCUGUGUGGGAUGUCGGCAUGUCGUCCUUCAACUCAUGUUACUCUUGAUGCGACGUCUGUGUAAUACUGAAGAGAUAAACUCUAGCUCAGGUCUGCGAUAGGCCUUGGCAAAAUUAGGUCAAACUUUAUGCAAAUGACCACAUUACUGAUAUAAUGUGUGAGAAUAAAACCAGAGUUUUAACCAGGAAUUUAUGAGUGUUAGAAACAGUCUGGAAAAUAUAAUGAGGUCUUUGUCAGGCAGCGAUUCAGGCGUGAUUUCACGGGCGCUGGAGCUUAGCAUAACUUCAUUCAGUCUUUUGACGGGUGUGCAGCGAUCUGUGAUGAUGUCAGCGCCCUCGCCUCUCAGAGCGGCUCCCCUUCAACUGUGAGGUCAAGGUCGCCUCAGAAAGUAGAUCCUUUGGGUUCAGAGCUAUUCUAAGUCAAAUUUGAGCACUUAAACCACACUAAGACUAGUAUAUCUUAAGCAUAACAUUGUUUCUUUUAUUAUUGAUAUUAAUAUUUAUGUAAAUAAAUGUAAGAGUUGAUUUAGAUGCAUUUUAAUUCUUGAUUGUCACAAUUGUAGGCAGUCAGUAUCUCUGUGUUAGAGAAAGCAAGAUAAUAGUUCUUUGUGUUUUGCUGCCUAAUUUAUAGGGUCAUUGUUCGACCUCCAGGAUGAGACUGCUUAUAUGUCACAACUUAAUUGACUGAGGAAAUAUACAUUUCAAAUAAAUUUGGCACAAUUCAAAGUCAUUGUUUCCUGGUGUUUUUGUUUUAAAGGUAAAAUUCAGAAUGAUAAUGUUUGUGACGCUUCAGUUCAGUGCAGUUGGAUGUAAACAGCACUGUUAAAGGGAUAGUUCACCCUAAAUGAAAAUUCUGUCAUCAUUUACUCACAUUGUUCCAAACCUGUAGGAGUUUCUUUCUUCUGUUGAAGAUAUUUUGAAGAAUGUUUGUAACCAGACAGUUGACAGUAGCUAUAGUUGACUUCCAUAGCAUAUUUCCCCCUCUAAAAA